CAGAGCUACACGUCGGUCAGCGUCGACAUCGUCACAGUUGCAAGCUCACACAUCUCACACAACCUUGCACCGACGAAAAUGUGGUGGCCGUUCGAUCUUCAACAACGUGCUGAUCUUGCGAGUCGAGCUCGAGCUCACGUCGCUGCCAGGGACAAGGCGUUAGCGUUCCCGCUCGAGUCGACUGAUACAAGUCUGGACAAGGACAUCUUGACUAGCGAUAUCUCCGGUAUCGUCUACGGUAUCCAAGAAAAGGAGUGGACAGCCGUACAGGUAUUGAACGCUUUUAUUAGGAAGGCAAAGGAAGCGCAUGAACAGACCAACUGUUUGACCGAAGUGCUGUUUGAGGAGGCGACCGAGAGGGCCAAAGAGCUGGACCGAUACUUUGAAAAGACGGGAGAGCUUGUCGGGCCGUUUCAUGGUGUUCCGAUCAGUUUGAAAGACCAUUUCAAGGUCAAGGGAAGUUCGGUCACCCUCGGCUUCUCCUCGUGGCUAGACAGGCCGGUCAUCGAGCACGAUGGAGCUCUAGCUGUAGUCGCAAAACAUUUAGGGGCUGUGCCGUUCGUUAAAACCAACAUCCCCCAGACGAUGCUCGCCUUCGAAACCUGCAACCCUUUGUGGGGAAGGACGACGAAUCCUUACAACUCUGCGUACACCUCGGGUGGCUCGUCAGGAGGAGAAGCUGCUCUACUCGCUUGCGGAGGUACCCCCAUCGGCUUGGGAUCGGAUAUCGGCGGAAGUCUACGUAUUCCUGCGGGUUACUGCGGAUUGUACUCGUUGAAGACGACGGCUAGGCGAUGGCCUGUGGAAGGCUCGGUCAAGUUCGCUCAAGGGUUCGAGGGAGUGGUCAGCGUAUAUGGCCCUAUGGCGCGGACCGCACAGGACCUCGAGCUCGUUUUUUCCCACUUCACCAAUACGCUCAGGAUGAACGGGGAACACAGCGAUAUGGAUUCAGCCGGAGGAGAAGACCAUGCUCGGCAGGUGAAACUUCGAGAUGAGAUAGACUCGAUCGGGUUCAUGUCUCAACCAAUCGAUCCCGGCUGGUUUGACCCCUUGAGCGUUGUCGAGAAGCGAAAGCGACCGCUUAGGAUCGGAUACUUCCUGGCGGAUGGGUUCGUCAAGACGUCCCCGGCGUGCUACAGAGCCGUUUUAGAAUCCGUCGAGGCGAUCAAGAAAAAGUAUCCCGCUGAACAGGUCGAACUGAAGAGGCUGUACCUUCCCGACGAAUUGGGCGGAGUAGAAGCGAUCAAGAUCUUCCUGGGCAUGUCGAGCGCGGAUGGUUACGAUAGGCUCACCAACCCGCACUUGGGCAAAGACAAGGUGGAUCCGACCUUGACGCUACCGUUGUUAUCGGCGCGGAUCCCCGGUUUCCUGAGGGCGAUCUUGUCGUUCGUCGCCGCCCAUUUCCUUUCGGAUUGGAUGAUGGCCAUCAUCUUGAAAGCAGCGGGUAGAAAAUCGGCAGGGGAUUACUUCAAGUGGAUUGUCAAGCGGGACGAAUUCAGGGAAGCUUGGAAACGUCGUGUGUGGAACGCAGAGAACCUGGAUGCCAUUAUCUGUCCCGUACAAGCAUCGCCCGCUGUUCCUCAUGGGGCCGCUGCCAAAGUAUCAAUGAUCUGCGCAGCGACGGUCAUGUUCAACGUCCUAGAAUAUCCCGUCGCUUGCGUACCAGUAACUCGUGUCGAUCCUAUCAAGGAUUCUCAUGAGAGGGAAGACGGACCCGAUUUUAACAGGUGGCGAGAUGAUCGAGAUGCGCAGCGGGGCAGCUGGAUGAUCUCGAAGGCGCUAUACGAUCAGGGCAUCUAUGAUGCCGAAAAGAUGAAAGGCCUACCAGUCGGCAUACAAGUGGUCACCAAACCAUUCCAGGAAGAGAAGGCGAUCGGGAUCAUGCGGAUGAUCGACGACGCUUUACCUUCGCCCUCGCAACGAGGUGGAGUCAAGGAUAUGGUGAUCGGCAACAAGCGGAGAUGAUGUGGUGUUCGGAAUCAAAAGCUGUGAUGCAUCAUUGCUGCGCGUUGCAACCUCGGGGAUGAUCGCGAAAGGGUGAUCCCCAAAGCGAGACUGAAACGACAAUGACCUCCUUUGUCAAGCCGGAACCAGGAGGUGGGCGUAUCGAAUCGUCCUCGAUGUAUAUAAAGUAGAAGAAGUAGAAGCGACGAUCACGAUGCAUCUCGACCAUCUCUGUAUUCUAGUUAUCUCCCUUGAACCCUUAUUCCUGAUCCAUUCAUCCACCCAUUUCGUCUCCGAAGUCGGUAUUAGCCAAUUAUCACCUCCCAC